AUGCCGCUCUUCCACCGUGACUCAACUGCGAGCUCCUCCUCAGGGCGGAGCUACGAAGAACCCCCCGAGGCGCGAUCGCACUCGGGCCUCUUCUCCAGUCGCUCUUCUCAUUCCACUCGAACAUCAGUCUCCUCGGGCUCGGCAUCUUCGACCACCAACUCCCGCCGUCAUGGUCUUCUCCACAGGUCGCACGAGGACCCUUCCAUCAUGGCAGCACGGGAACAGGUUCUUCGAGCGGAGCAUGCGGAACGUGAAGCCGACAAGGCCCUCCUGUUGUCGAGAAAAGCCGUGAAGGAGGCAAGGGAUCAUGUCAAGCACCUCGAGCGCGAAGCAGCUGAGGAAGCGCGUCUGGCCCGCAUCAAGCAAGACCAGGCGAAAUCUAUUUCCAAGAGAGCCAAGCCCCUUGGACGUAAGUAA